GAGGGAGGGGUAGUGUCGGGAGGACAGCAGUGUCCCUGGGGAGAGUGCUCACCUCCGGCCUCGCACUUUGUUCCCUGCAGGCAACGCCCUGCCCGCACCCUGGGUGCCGCGCCCUCCCUCCGCGGCCCCGUGGCCGGGGCUCCCCAGCCUCCUCCCGGCUCCGCGCCCGGCUCCUUCCGGGGCUUCCGAGCCCGGAGCUGCGCUUCCUGCUGCGGUGGACGGCGACUCCCUGCGCGGCACAGCGGCGCCGCCGGCUUCUCCAGUCCCGGGCGGCUCCGGGCCCGGGGUCCGAGGGUCCCAGCGCGGGUGCCAGUCACCAGCAGGUGGGCGCGGGCAGUGAGCGAGCCCUCCACGUCUGGGCGCUGAGGCCGAGGAGUGGAAAAGACAGGACACAGAGGCCGCGCGAGCGAGGAGACGGAGUCACGGCGCCACUCUAGAAGGACAAACCGAGCCCUGCGCCUCCGCAGACACACUGAGCUCACCCCCAGAGACCUGCUCCCAGACCCCCAAAGACCUAGGCGCUGGGGCAUAUGCUGGUUAGCUCCUGUCAUGGAGAAACUUUGUGGGUACGGACCUGCACAGAACACCAUCCUCUCCUUGGAGAACCAGUGCCUGGCCACACUCCCUGAAAUGAAGGCCAUGGGGAAACCACGUGGACAUGUGUCUGGCCGCCCAGACAUCCUCUCCUUGGAGAACCGGUGUCUGACCACACUUCCUGAUCUGACAAUCACAGAGAAACUACAUGGACAAAUGUCUGGCCGCCCAGAGAUCCUCUCCUUGGAGAAACGAUGUUUGACCACAUGUCCUGAUCUGAAGCCCACAGAGAAACUACACGGACAUAUGUCUGCCCAUGCAGACAUCCUCUCCUUGGAGAAUGGGUGCUUAGCCACCCUCCCUGUUCUACAGAGUACUGUGUCUACCACCCCCUUCCUCCAGUCUCACCAGAGACUGUUAGAAGCUCAUCUCUGUAGGCUGAACACUAACAAUUACCUUCUCUCUGAACCUCCAACAUGGAGGACUCAGUGUCUCUCGGAGAGACCAGAGGGUCUGACCUGCUCCAGAGUCCUGAAAUUCACCUCGACCCUGGAGAGUGCCGCCGCCGAGGAAGCAGCUUCGGGUCUUUGCUCCUCUCCAGAAGAAGAGAAGAAAACAGAAGAGACAGAGUGGACAGAUGUCCAGAUGCCUUUUUACAGCCUGAGUUUGGGAGAAGAGGAGGAGGAGGUGGAGGAGUUUGCUCUGAAGCUCACCUCUGGGGACAGUGAUUCUUGUCUUGAAAAAACUGAUCAGGCCCUGCAGGAAAAAAAGAUGGCGCUAGUGAGCUUGCUGUGCACUACUGUGGUAUCAUGUGUGAAAUCUACCAGUAACCAUGCCCUCUUGGAAGCCUGUCGUGAAAUUGCCAACUUGGAGCCUGAGUUUAUCCUCAAGGCGUCUCUGUAUACCAGGCAGCAGCUGAACAUCCGAGAUGAGGCCAACAAGGUCUUGGCCAUUGCUGCCAGCUUGCCAGCCUGCCGCCCUCACCUGCGACGCUAUUUCUGUGCCAUUGUCCAGCUCCCUUCCGACUGGAUCCAGGUAGCUGAGUUCUACCAGAAACUGGCUGGAGAAGAGUACUCUGAGAAGCUGGUGCCCCUGCCUGCCUGCCUGCGUGCUGCAAUGACAGACAAAUUUGCCCAGUUUGACGAGUACCAGCUGGCUAAGUACAACCCUCGGAAGCACCGGGCCAAGAGACGUCCUUGCCGUCGGCGUCGCCGGCCUCCGAGAAAGCACCUGUUUUCGGACCCAUCUCGACAUGUGCCAAAGUGGCUUCAGUUUAUUGUGCUCAAACAGAAGAAGUUUGAGGCAGACUACAACGCAGCAUCAAAUGAAAAGAAUCAGCCACGGUUCACCCUGAAGAAGUUGGUGCAGCGACUGCAUAUCCAGGAGCCUGCUCAGCAUGUUCAGGCACUUCUGGGCUACAGAUACCCCUCCAACCUACAGGCCUUUUCUCGAAGUCGCCUCCCUGGACCGUGGGAUCCUAGUAAAGCUGGGAAGCGGAUGAAGCUACCUAGACCAGAGACCUGGGACCGGGAACUGAGUUCACGGGGGAACAGAGCAGCUGUCUGGGAGGAGCUUAUUGACAACGGGAAGCUUCCAUUCAUGGCCAUGCUUCGGAACCUGUGUGGCCUGCUUCGGGUUGGCAUUAGUGGUCGUCACCAUGAGCUCAUUCUCCAGAGACUCCAGGAAGUGAAGUCAGUCGUCCACAGUCGGCAGUUUCCGUUCAGAUUCCUUAAUGCCCAUGAUUCCAUCAAUAACCUUGAGGCUCAGCUCAAAAAUAAAGACUUACCCUUUCCUUCCAACACUGAGCUGAUGGAGCAGAUCAUUAAAAAGUCAUGUGGCAAGAAGUUUCUCUUCCAGUCCCUAAAGCGUCGGGAAAUUCGGACGGCAAUGAAGAUACCUGUAAUGUAUGAGAAACUCCAGCGAGAGAAGCUAAAAAUAGACAAGGCCAGACAGUGGGACUGUGACAUCCAGAUGCUGGCUCGGUACCGAGAGGCCCUGGAGACAGCAGUAACCAUCUCUGUGAAACACAGUCUGCCGCCACUGCCCGGCCGCACGCUUUUGGUCUACAUGGCGGAUGGCUCUGCAGAUAAACUCUUUCACAAGAGCAACCCACAAGGGCUCCCCCUGAACUAUGUGCUGCUGUUGAUUGGCAUGAUCAUCGCCCAGGCAGAGCACACAGACGUCUUGCUGUGUAAAAACAGUCUUCUGGAGCCUGCUGUGCUGAAGUCUGAUCAAGGCAUCCUGAGGAUGGCCAUGGAACUCCAGGCUCAAGUCAAGGUCAAGGAGUCCACUGAAGUGCCUGAAUACCCCCAGACUAUUUUGGGGAAGUAUCUGCUGUCUCUGGCUGUCCAAAGGGUCCCUGUGGACAGGGUCAUUUUCUUUGGUGAUGAUAUGUCUGACAAACUGAUAAAUUGGGCCAAGCACCUUUUCUGGAAGCAUGUGAAUUCCAAGUGCCUUUUUGUUGGUGUGAUCCUACAAAAAAACAGUUACAUACCACCAUCUUUGAAUUCCAAUGAUGUGACACUCACAGGCUGUACAGAUGGAAUAUUGAAGUUCAUCGCAGAGCGUGGGGCCUCCCGUCUUCUAGAACACGUGGGCCAAAUGGACAGAAUAUUCAAGAUUCCACCCCCCCCAGGGAAGACGGAGGUCUCUUCUCUCCCACCACUCGGAGACACUACACCAAGUCCCUUGGCUUCCAUCUCCCAGCCUGGAUGGCGCAGCCUCCGGCUCUUCAUUUCCUCCACUUUCCGGGACAUGCACGGAGAGCGGGACCUGCUGCUGAGGUCUGUGCUGCCAGCUCUGCAGGCUCGGGCAGCCCCUCACCGCAUCAGCCUCCACGCCAUUGACUUGCGCUGGGGUGUCACUGAGGAAGAGACCAGAAGGAACAGACAACUGGAAGUGUGCCUCGGGGAGGUGGAGAAUUCACAGCUGUUCGUGGCCAUGCUGGGCUCCCGCUAUGGCUACGUCCCUCCCAGCUACAGCCUUCCUGACCACCCUCACUUCCGCUGGACCCAGGACUACCCUUCCGGUCGCUCUGUGACUGAGAUGGAGGUGAUGCAGUUCUUGAACCGGGGCCUCUGCCAGCAGCCCUCUGCCCAGGCCCUGGUGUACUUUCGGGAUUCCAGCUUCUUCAGCUCUGUGCCGGCUGCCUGGAAAUCUGACUUUGUUUCUGAGUCUGAAGAAGCUGCCCACCGUAUCUCAGAACUGAAGAGUUACCUGAGGCAACAGAAGGAAACUGUCUGUCGCAGGUACCCCUGUGAGUGGGGGGGUGUGGCGGCUGGCCGGCCCUAUGUUGGGGGGCUGGAAGAGUUUGGGCAGUUGGUUCUGCAGGAUGUGUGGACUAUGAUUCAGAAGCUUUACCUGCAGCCUGGGGCCCAGCUGGAGCAGCCUCCGUCUAUCCCAGAUGACGACAUGGUCCAGGCGACCUUUCAGCAGCUGCAGAAUCCACCAAGUUCUGCACGACGGCGCCUCCUUCAUGACACAGUGCAGAGACUGACACUGAGCCAAGGGAAGCUGAGCCUGGUGACCGGGCAGGCGGGACAGGGCAAGACAGCCUUCCUGGCAUCUCUUGUGUCAGCCUUACAGGAUCUCAAGGGGACCAAGAGAGCCCCCUUAGUUUUCUUCCACUUUUCAGGGGCCCGCCCUGACCAGUGUCUUGCUCUCACCCUGCUCAGACGCCUCUGUGCCUAUCUCCAUAGCCAACUGCAAGAAUCAAGCAGUCUCCCCAGCACCUACCGGGGCCUCAUAUGGGAGCUGCAACAGAGGCUGCUGCCCCAGUUCUCCCAGGUGCUGCGAACUGGCCAGACCCUGGUGCUGAUUGUGGAUGGGGUAGACAGGUUGGUGAACCAGCACGGGCAGCUGAUCUCAGACUGGAUCCCCAAGACCCUUCCUCGGUGGGCACACCUGGUGCUGAGCGUGUCUAGUGACUCGAGUCUGGGGGAGACUCUUGAGCAGAGCUACAGUGCCCAGGUGGUGGCUUUGGGACCCCUGGAGCCCUCUGCCCGGGUUCAGCUGGUGAGAGAGGAGCUGGCUCUCUAUGGGAAGCGACUGGAGGAGUCAGCUUUUAACAACCAGAUGCGGCUGCUCCUGGUGAAGCGGGGGUCUGCCCUGCCCCUCUAUCUGCGCUUGGUCACCGAUCACCUGAGGCUUUUCACAGUCUAUGAGCAGGUGUCUGAGAAGCUGCGGGCCCUGCCCGCCUCCAUUCCCCUGCUGCUGCAGCACAUUCUGGAUACUCUGGAGCAAGAGCAUGGCCCCCAUGUCCUGCCACAAGCCUUGGUCACUCUAGACGUCACACGGAGUGGUCUGACUGUGGAACUGCUGCAUGGAGUGCUGAGUGCUUGGCGGAUAGUUCCCAGGGGGACCGAGAGCUGGGAAGAAGCCAUGAAUGCUGUUAACAGCGGGGACCCCUACCCCAUGGGCCCGUUUGCCUACCUUGUCCAGAGCCUACGCAGUUUGCUGGGGGAAGGCCCGCUGGAGCGCCCUGGUGCCCGACUCUGCCUCCCUGAUGGGCCCCUGAGGACAGCCACUAAAUGUCGAUACAGGAAGAAGCCAGGACUGGAGAGCACGGCCCAUGUGCUCCUUGCAGCUCAGCUUUGGAAGACUUGUGACCCCGAUGGUUCGGGAACCUUCCGAAGCUGCCCUCCUGAGGCUCUGGGAGACCUGCCUUACCACCUGCUCCAGAUCGGGAACCUUGGCCUUCUCGCAAAGUUCCUUACCAAUCUUCACGUGGUGGCUGCACAUCUAGAACUUGGUCUGCUCUCCAGGCUCUUGGAGGCCCACACCCUCUAUGCUUCCUCAGUCCCUGAAAAGGAGGAAAAGCUUUCAGAGGACAACACUGCCGUGUUCCACACCUUCCUGAAACAGCAAGCUGCUGUCCUCAGCCAGCAGCCCCAACUCCUCCCUCAGCAGGCAGCAAACCAGCCCCUGGACUCACCGCUUUGUGCCCAGGCCCCCCAGCUUUCCCAGCGGUGGCGACUCCAGCACAUGCUACGAUGGCUUAAUAAGCCCCAGACCAUGAAGAGUCAGCAAAGCUCCAGCCUGUCUCUGGCUGUUUCCUCCUCUCCCACAGCUGUGGCAUUCUCUCCCAGUGGGCAAAGAGCAGCCGUGGGCACUGCCAAUGGCACGGUUUACCUGUUGGACCUGAGAACUUGGCAGGAGGAGAAGUCUCUGGUGAGUGGUUGUGACGGGAUCUCUUCUUGUUCAUUCCUGGCGGACAACACCCUCUUUCUCACAGCCUUUGACGGGCUCCUGGAGCUCUGGGACGUGCAGCAUGGCUCCCGGGUGCUCCAGACCCAGGCUCAUCAGUACCAGAUCACCAGCUGCUGCCUGAGCCCUGACCACCGUCUGCUGGCCACUGUGUGUCUGGGAGGAGUCAUAAAGCUGUGGGACACACUCCGUGGGCAGCUGGCAUUCCAGCACAUCUGCCCCAAGCCCCUGAACUGUGUUGCCUUCCACCCCGAGGGACAGGUCAUAGCCGUAGGCAGCUGGGCUGGCAGCUUCAGCUUCUUCCAGGUGGACGGGCUCCAGGCCAGCAAGGAACUGGGGGGCCCCGGAUCCUCUAUCCGAACCUUGGCCUUCAACUCAUCUGGGCGUGUUGUAGCUUUGGGCCGGCUGAACAGGAUGGUGGAGCUAUGGGCCUGGCAAGAGGGGGUGCAGCUGGCGACCUUCCCUGCCCACCGAGGCUUUGUCACUGCUGCAUUUUACCUGCGAGCUGGGUACCAGUUACUGACAGCUGGCGAGGAUGGCAAGGUUCAUGUAUGGUCUGGAUCUCUAGGUCGGCCCGAGGGGUCCCUUGGUCCCCCUUCUCUCUCUCCUGCCCUCUCAGUAGCUCUCAGUCCAGAUGGUGAGCGAGUGGCUGUGGGGUACCGUGUAGAUGGCAUUAGAAUCUACAGACGCUCUCCAGAUUCCCAGAGGGCUCAGUGUCAAGCACUGCCUGUGGCAGUGCCAUCCCUGGCCUGGCUGAGCCCUAAGGUGUUGGUGAGCGGUGCAGAAGAUGGAUCCCUGCAGGGCUGGGCGGUCAAGGAUUGUGCCUUUCAGUCUCUCUGGCUCCUGUCCACAUCACAGAAGCCUGUCCUGGGGCUGGCCACCUCCCAGAAGCUCUUGGCUUCUGCCUCAGAGGAUUUCACCGUGCGGCUGUGGCCGAGGCAGAUGUUAUUGAAACCACAAAAGGCAGACGACUUUCCCUGUGCCAUUGAGGUCAGGGGACACCAGGGGUCCGUGAGCUGUUGUAGCUUCAGUGCUGAUGGAGACAGCCUGGCCACUGGGGGCAGGGAUCGGAAUCUCCUCUGCUGGGAUGUGAGGACACCCGGAGCCCCUGUUCUGACUUGCUCCUUUGUUGCCUGUCACCGUGACUGGGUCACUGGCUGUGCAUGGACCAAAGACAACCUGCUGCUCUCCUGCUCCAGUGACGGCUCUGUGGGACUGUGGAGCCCAGCAACCGGAGGGCAGCUUGGCCAGUUUCUGGGUCAUCAGAGUGCCGUGAGCUCUGUGGUGGCUGUGGAGCAACACGUGGUGUCUGUGGGCCGGGACGGGACCUUGAAAGUGUGGAACCUUCAAGGAGUGGAGCUGACCAGCAUCCCUGCCCACCCAGGGCCCGUCAGCCACUGUGCAGCCUCCCUGGAGCCCCCCGCAGCUGGCCGGCCUGGGGCAGAGCUGCUGGUGGUGACUGUUGGACUGGAUGGAGCCACACGCUUAUGGCGUCCACUCUCGGUAUUUCAAACAUGCGCUCUCUUGGGACACAGUGGCCCUGUUAGUGCAGCUGCCGUCUCAGAGACCGCUGGCCUCCUGAUGACUGCUUCAGAAGAUGGGUCUGCUAGGCUCUGGCAGGUACCUGAGGGAACAGAUGGUGCACAAGUUUCCAGGAAUUUUGAAGCCAUCACUGCCAUGGCCUGGGCCCCGGAUGGCUCUGUGGCAGUGUCAGGGAAUCAAGCUGGGGAGCUCACCUUGUGGCAGGAUGCUAAGGCUGUGGCCACAGCACAGGCUCCAGGCUGCAUCAGUGCCCUGACCUGGUAUUCAGCACACACCGUGAUUGUGCUCAGUGCUGCUGAAACACUCAGUGAGUGGGAAGUGGAACUGCAGAAAGAUUCAACAUCCAGCAAUUUCAGGUACACUCUUUAUCUGAAUCGAAUUCUGCAAAAGGAUUUAGGAUUCCUGACAGAUCUGAGCUUGGCUCCUGAUGGCCACUCCCUCAUCCUGGCCACUGCAAAUUUGGAAUUACUGCACAUGAAGCCAGGGGCUACUCCCUCUAAAAUCUGGUGUGUAUAUUCAGAACAUCCUGUGAUACUGUCCACCCACAAGGACUAUGGUGUGUUUGUCCUGCAGCCAACUAAAUAUGGAUUUCUUCAUUUCUUAUAUGUUCUUUCUCAGAAACAAAAGGAAUCGGGAGAGUUUGAAGAGAAACUGGAAUUUAAUGUGAACUUAGAGAAUCCAAGUGGGGGGACCCUGCUGUCAAUAACUCAAGCCAAACCUGAAUCUGCGUCAUCAUUUUUGUGUGCCAGCUCUGACGGGAUGCUGUGGAGCCUGGCCAGAUGUACUCUCGAAGGAGAAUGGGUCACAGGUAACAUCUGGCAGAAAGAAGUAAGUGUGUCUGAAAGCCAAACUCCAGAAACAGACUCCACAGAGAGCUGGCCAGAAACCCCACAGCUAAAGAUACGACAGUGUAAAAAGAUUCACUCUGGAUCUGUCACGGCCCUCCAUGUGCUGCCCAAAUUGUUGGUGACAGCAUCAAAGGACAGAUACGUUAAAUUAUGGGAGAGAUCUAGCAUGCAGCUGCUGGGCCUGUUCCAGUGUGAAGGAGCAGUGAGCUUGCUGGAACCCUGGCUAGGUCCCGACUCUACCCUGAAGCUUGCUGUUGGAGACACACAGGGCAAUGUGUACUUUCUGUCAUGGGAGUGAAGAACCCUGACUCGACUAUGCCACAUGUACUAGAGAUGAAGACCCUGAAGACAGUGGUGGCUAGUUUUUUGAUAAAAAUUUUAAAAUAAAGUGUCAAGUCCUACCUGUGUUCUUCUGCAACCUACAAUGACCCUGGGUCCAUGCUCCCAGAGGGAUAGAGAAUGGGAAAGCUAUUGGGGAGGGGAUGGGAUAUGGAGAUUGGGUGGUGGGAAUUGUGUGGAGUUGUACCCCUCCUAUCCUACGGUUUUAUUAAUGUCUCCUUUCUUGAAUUAAAAAGAAAGAUGGGUAAAAUGUG